AUGAGUUUUCGAAUAUCAAUCUCUCCUCAAAGAAAGCGUAGUUGUACAGGAAUGCCAUAAUCUGCUCGACCCAUAAAGCCAUCUCUAAACCCCUCCCUUAGCAAUGUUGUGGAGGAGAUUAAGAACUUAAUGUAAAAUUCUUUUAUAACGUAAGGAAGCAACUCAAUCCUUAGUUGUAGAAUCUAUUAAAUUCAUUAAUCAAAAUAGCCCUCGAUUUGGAAAAAUAAAACACUAAAUUCUAUAAUGCUCUUCAAUCGUCCAAAGCUUCAACUAAUCAGAAUGAUGGAGAUUAUAUUUAAAAAGAACCAUCUUCUCAUCAGAGUAGAAAUAAAUCUAAAGAGGCUAGUCCAACAAAGAAGGAAUCUUCUAUUAAAAAUAUAGAAAUGACAUCCAGCAGUAGAUUGGAUCCGACUCCUAGAUAAAAACUUUUAAUCAGAAGAGGUUCUCUUGAUGUAGAUUAAUAAGUGUCUAAAGUAAAGAGUUAUUUUGAUAUGCUUUAAGGAUCAAUUAAGAAAAAUAGGCUAAGAAGCCAUAGAUUAAAACGUUAUAUUUAACUUACUAGAUUUAAAACCAUCGAAAUUAAAAUCUAUGACGUAUAAAAAAUUAAAUUAAAUCUUUACACUCAAUGAAAAGGAUUUAUUUUAAUACAUAUAGAAGAUCGAAUAUUAAGGUAUGUAUGAUGUUGUUCAAAAUGAUAGAGUAUUCGCAGAAUCUAUACGAGCCAUUAAAGUUUGCUAAGGAUUUAUCAGAGAAGUGCAUUUCAUACAUUGAAAAAUUAAAGAAGGUUGUAAAAUUAGGAUUCGAAAUACCAAACUGCACUCCAUCUUAAACAUUUGAUAGCUAUUAGAAACUGAUAUUGGAAUUGUUUGAUUGUGAUAGAGCUUAAGUUUAUUUAUAUGAUUCGAAAUUCCAUUUCUUUUGGAGUAAAAGCUAAGAUUGUUAAUAAAAGACUUAUUAUCCCUUUAAAGGAAUAUUGGGAUUUGUGACUAAGUAAGGACAAUUGUUAAACAUAAAUGAUGUUUAUUAAGAUGUAAGAUUUGAUUAAGAAUAUGAUUAAAAACAACAGAAUAAGACAAAAUCAUUGCUUGCUUGUCCUAUAUACGAGAAGGAAGAAAUAAUUGGCGUUAUCAUUAUCUCUUCUACUUCUCAGUCAUUUAGAAAAGAUGAUGAAUUUUUGAUUUAAUUGAUUUCACAAAUGGCUGCAACACAUUUCUAUUAAUAUAUCUAUUAAGAGUAUAAUUCUAAAACUUGUGAAGCUUUAUAAUAGAUCUUAAAAAUUUCCUUAGUUUUAUAGCAAUCUGUUGAUUAAAAAUAAUUCGUAAUUUUGGCUCAAUAAAUCCUUUCUAAAACAUAUGAUUUAAAAUAAGUAUAGAUUUAUUUUAAGGAUAUGUAAGAUUAGGAAAGUCUUUUCACUUUUGUUGAACAACAAAGAAAAAAAGUCCCUAAAGCAUGUGGGAUUAUUGGUUAUGUUUAUAAGACAGGACAAUUCUAUGUUUCUGAUUCUUGUUAUAGAGAUAAAUAGUAUAAUAAAUUGGCUGAUAUUGAAACUAACCUACCAACCAUAACCAUACCUAUUAGGAAUUAGGAUAAAUGCAUGGGUGUCAUUCAAUAUAUUGACACUAAAGGCAUUGAUAAUAUUGUUGGUAAGCAAAUAAGAAACUAAUAGUUGUCAAACUUAGAUUUGAUUCAGACCUUUGCUGUAAUGCUCAAUUUUGUAAAUAGUAAAUUGAUUAUAUAAAAAAAUUGAUUUACACUACAUUAAACAUUUUUAUUAAAUCUAACUAGUUUGCAAUAUUAUUUACCUUAAAUUAAAAUUAAAUGAACAAUCCAUUUCAAAAUCCAAUAGGGAAUCCAAACGAUCCAAAUAACCAAUUACUCUUGAUGUCUCUAGCCCAAGUAGAUUCACAAAAUAUGUUCUUCUUUUUAAUGCAAAAUCCAGAUUUCGUUGAAAAAUAAGAUGAAGUAUUUGAUUGAUAAAUAAUUUAGAAUUAAUUCAAAAAGACAGCAAUAGGAUUUGUUAGAAACACAUUAGGGAUAUUUUUUUUGGGAACAGUCCUUAACUUGUAAAUGAAAAGAAUCCCUAAAGUAAAGAUGUAAUAAUAUUCCAAAGUUUUUGAAUUGGCCCAUUUAUGUUAAAAUCCCUUUAAGGAUCCCUGUAUUUUUCAGCCCAUUUUUCUUAUUUUAAUAAUCGCUAACAAAUUAAUUGGACAAUUUAACAUAAUUGCAUCAUAAAUAUUACACUAGAAUAUUGAGAGUAAAGAAAACUGGGGAUCUAAGAUACUUUGAUCCAUAAGGUGUAUUAUAAAAAUAAUUUGAAUAAAAAAUGAGAGAAUUAAUGAAAUGA